CGGGAAAAAAACGAGUGCACCGCUUCAUGUCCGUUUCCCCAAUAACAUUUGUAAAGGACAUGCACAAGGCCCACACCUGCUCUAUCUAUCUUUGGCAAAGCUUACCUGGAGAGCUUCGACUGUUUAUCAAGACCUGAUCUAUGUACGUCUGUUAGCAACGAUGCUACGUAGGAGUAAAAACUUGAGCUAUGUUCUGAGCCUUGUCCCGGGCAAACGUCGUCUUGGGACAUACAGGUUCCUUCCCAUCUUUUUUUGCAUCGGAGGCGUCAUGGAGUGGAUCAUGAUCAACGUGAGGAUAGGAAAAGAGACUUUUUAUGAUGUCUACCGAAGAAAACAAUCAGAACGGGGGUACCAGAAGAAGAUGGCAGAUGGUUUGAUAGUUCUUAAUGAGCCUGCAGCCAAGUGAACAGCAGUUGGAUUUAAUGUGGACUUCACAUGUUGUCUUAAGGACGCAUUCUUGGACUCUCACACCCUUACUUCUUUGCAACAGGCUGGAAUGGACUUCAUAGCAUAUUACUGGGUUACAGCAAAUUGUAUCACAGUUAUGAACAUUGUUAAGGAGCCAAGAGUGAAAAGGCUGAAGAAAUCACUUCCAACAUGCAGGUUUUAUUGAUAAUAUGAUCUUCAGUUAAAGUAACAUUAGCAGUAAUAAUACCAUUGGCGUUAUGUGAUGAAAUAAUCCCAAUUGUGGUCUCAAAUUGAUUUGACAACAAGUUGAUGUGUUAUGUCUAAAACAUUGCAUAACACCUGCCAAGACAAACCAGUCUCAGCCAAAUUGUAACAGAAGAAAAAUACUAAAAGAGUCUCUGUAUUUAGAGACAGACAGAUGUGUUUAAUGCUGGCAGACAGCAUUUGAUAAGAAACAAAAAAAACCUCUUUCUUCCUCUUGUUUAAAUCCUGCUGUUCUGUAAUUAUAUGAUUUCUGUCUGAUUAAAAAAAACUUGGACUAUA